GUCGGAGUAUUUUUUUUAGGACGGAAGGUGCAUAAUUCUAUACGAAGUAUAUUAUACGAAAUUGUGCCAUUAGCUCCAUCACCUCCAUGUAAGUACGAUGAUAGAGCAGAUUAUUUAAGAUUAGUUAGCUUGCUUAAUUAGGCAGGACGAUCGAUCAGAUCACAUCCGGUCAUAAAUAAGAAUGGCUUCUCCACCUGCAGCAGAUGUAUCAAUAAGUAGGCUUGAAAUAAAGGGCAGUGACAAAUACAGAUCCAUCCUUGCAGAAGAAGCCGAAAACAUCCAUUGGAGGCAUGGCGGCCCUCCCAUCUAUGACGACGUUAACAAGCUCUUUGAAGAUGGCAGAACCCAAGUAUGGGCAAAGGGAUCAUUAGAAGAGACGGUUCAAAAUGCAGUGAAGUCGUGGGAAAUGGAGCUUUCUCACAAGACUCGAAUUCAAGAUUUCAAAACUAUUAAUCCAGACAAAUUCAAGCUCUUCGUUAAUGGGAGAGAUGGACUGUCAGGUGAAGAAACCUUAAAGCUGGGGAGUUACAACGCAUUGUUGAAGAGUUCGCUGCCGGAAGAGCUGAAGUUUUACAAGGCUGAUGAGGAGAGCUUUGAGUCGUCUCACGAUGCCUUCCGGUCGGCUUUUCCCCGUGGAUUUGCGUGGGAGGUCAUCAAAGUAUAUUCAGGUCCACCUGUGAUUGCUUUCAAGUUUAGGCAUUGGGGUUAUUUUGAAGGACCCUUCAAAGGCCAUUCUCCUACAGGAGAGUUAGUUGAGUUUUAUGGGAUGGGAAUCAUGAAGGUGGAUGACUCUUUGAGGGCUGAGGAAGUGGAGAUAUACUAUGACCCAGCAGAGCUUUUUGGUGGGCUUCUCAAAGGCACAAAGAUCUCUGAUUCCAGCGUUAAGCAAUGCCCAUUUCACAAAUAAUUAAUUAAAGGGCUCUCAUAGUGCAUGUUUUCAAUUAGCAUUAUCUUUGAAUUAAUUGUGUCACAUUAAAUAAGAAACUAUAUACAGACAUAAUCGAGAUAUACUGUGUACAUGAAAGUUCGACAUUUACAAAUAAUAUUAUUGCGUGUCACAUUUCAUUGCGUGAUUAAAAAGAUACUCCCUAGGAUAAUGC